GGUCAACAAUAUGGCGCUUACGUAUCUACAAUAUUCUUUUAAAAUAGUUGUACAUUUCUCAGUACAUUAACUUAACGCAGCGGCGUGGGACUUAUCGGUUGUUCUUUAUCGUCCUCGUCGCCUGGCUUUAAAAGGCUAGCCGUGCAGCUGUUACCUGCCUUAAAAACAGCACCAUGUCUGGGUCAAAUGUGUGGAGCCGCAGCCGGGAGAGAAUGAGACUUUUCCCGGAGCUUUUUGCGCAAUGUGCGGGAGAGGCAGCAGUUUAUGGAAAGUGUGUGACAGCGACCACGACAGGCAGACAGGAACUGCAAAAGGAUUUGUGUGUCAAGGAAUUUCAAGCACUGAAGUCCUGUUUUGCAAAUGCAGCAAAGAAAAAAGCCAAAUGAAAGGAAAGCGUCCUGGAGUGAAUUCAACGGAGCAACCUCACAUAUCAGCUGUUUAAUGCUGUGGAAGAUGAUAUUAACUUGCAAGUGUUGAGUGGACUUUAAAAAAAGCACUUUCACUACUUGGUCCUGUGAAUGAACUGAAUGUGUGUGAUUAUUGUUGCAGUCAAGCAAAUGUGUUUUUAAUAGGACUGCUAUUUCUUAUGUAAGACACCUCCACUUGUGUGAUAUAGACAUGUUAAUUAAAAAAACUU